AUGUCCAAUUUGUCGGAGAUCAUAUCCACUCAAAAUAGACUUGAGGAGAACAUAACUAAGCGAUUUGAUGAUUUGCAAGCCCAAAUUUCAAACGCCGGGUCGUCGAAAGACACUGUUGCAAGAAUUGCAGAAGAACUCCGGUCCUUCAGGGAGAUAGUUUCCGGUAUUCUCGGUCUUCUUCGGCAACAGAUCAAAGAAUGCGUACGGCAGGUAGAUGAAAUUGACACCAGAUCGCGGAGGAAAGCUCUUAUCAUAUCCGGAAUGCCAGAGAAAGACAACGAAGACUGCACUCAACGGGUUCUUGAAGUGUUUAAUAACAAUCUUGGUCUCAGUGACAUUUCCAAGUCGUAUAUAAAAUCGUGUCACAGACUAGGUACACCAAGUAAAGAACGUCACCGACCUGUCUUAAUACGGUUUACAAGCGUGGACACUAAAUUAGUGGUCUGGAAGAAUAAGACUAAAUUAAAGGGUUCUUCACUCUCUCUCAAGGAGUUCCUGACAAAAACCAGGCAAGCCGUUUUCAGCAGAGCGCGUCUUCACUUUGGUAUGCGGUAUGUUUGGUCCCAGAGUGGUGUUAUAGUGGUCAGGACAUCAGACGCCACAAUCCAUAAACUCACUUCUGAGGAGGAGCUGGUUGUCCUUACCACAAAAUAUCCAAAGGCGUCCGGGAAGCCGUCGAAG